AUGCCGAAGGUGCGGCGGCUGAAGCUUUCUGACACCGGAGGCGGCGAGGACCGCCUCAGCGCGUUGCACGAUGACGCCCUCAUCCAGAUCCUCAUCAAGCUCCGUUGCCUCGCUGCAGCCGCCCGGACCAGCGUCCUCUCCCGCCGUUGGCGCCACCUUUGGGUCCUCCUCCCGAAGCUCCACUUCUACAAUGCGACGGACCCCCGCCGCAUACGCUCCGCCCUCGCCGCCCACGAGACCCCGAUGCUCCAGGAGCUCUUUGUCGUCAGACAGGAUGCCUCUUCUGGGCCCACGGGGGCGUGGCUCCCUAUCGCCGCGCACCGCCUCUCCGGCUUACUGUUUUGCCACUAUCUAUCGCAGAGGGUCAUGGCUAGGAGAAGAGUUGCCUUGAAGCUGUCGUGCUUCGAGAGCACCACUGGGAUCUAUAUGUGGUUAGGGUUCCUCCGCCUUACGCUGCCGCCUUUCGGUGUGUUCGCCCGACUCAGUCUUCUUCACCUCUUUCAGCUCCGACUGCACGAUGAUUAUGAUCAAAACUCUGUCAAUCUUGGCGAGAUGGCGCACCUACAACGGCUUGUCCUCCAACAAUUUAUCGUUUAUGGAAAGGACUACAUUGCUUCGCACAACCAUAAUUGUGCGCUUCUUUUGUGGCACUUUGAAUGCCUACACAAUCUUGUUAUCACUCUUCAUUGCCCCCCGGACAUAGCUAACAAGAAAUACUUGAUGGAAGAUAUAACAAGGGUUCCUGAUGUUAAGCUAUUGGGAUUGGGCAUAACGGCAUGUGGGCAUUCCUUUGGAGCCAGCUUAUUUCAUGUUCUGCGGAUGUGUACUGCAAUAAGAAGGCUGAAUCUUGGUCUUAUUGUCGCACCUGAACACGAGGCAGAAACUGUGUGCCCAUCAGGCUGUAUAUGUGAUCAGCCACCAAGCUGGAAAACCAGGGAACUCGUGUUGAAUUGCCUCGAAGAAGUAGAAAUCUUUGACUUGAAAGGAAGUGAACAUGAAAUCAGUGCUGUGAAUCGUCUAUUCAGUUGGGCACCGGUGCUAAAAAGGAUGACAGUAAAUUUCCAUUACUCAGUCACUGAAAACAAAGCCGAAGAGCUCUGCCAAGUGUUACUAACCUUCUCCAGGCCAGGAAUAUGUAUGAUUUGUAGGAUGCCCGACAUGUCGGAGAAAGUUUUGUGUGCUUAA